UUGGAAAAAAUGCCUCGAAACCAUGUCUUUGCAGAUUGGGAUAUAAUGAAGGUUUGCUCAUUAAGCUGUUGAAACAUUUCAACGACAAACAAUUACGUAGCCGCUGUGAAGACUGGUUUAAUCUGGUUAUGUUUUGAUAUGAAUAGAACUAGGUAGAUAAAUUGAUACAAGUUGUGAAAAUGAAGGGUGUACGGUAAUUGCCAGUGCGACGCGGAGACAACACAUAUAGGGACCUGGAAAGGAACGUACAAAAACUCUUGCCGCUGUCUCGUUUAGAUGAAUGUAACACAAUGGUUCGGCCAGAAAUUCCGUCUCAGUUCGACAUGGAUUUGCCACAAAUCAAAUCUAGCCGUAGUCGCCUGUUCUCACGGAUGUAUACUGUGCUCGCCGUGACGCUCACAAUCACUACCGUGGUUCUUUCCGCCAUUGUGUUCGCUUUGCUUCCUCCUAAUGAACUCCCGGAAGGGGUCACGUUCAUCACUCAGGACAUCCUCAGGCCCAGUAACUAUGUCUUAAGGCAGUACGAAGGCCUAGAGCUCCACAAUGGCCUGCGUGUUCUGCUUGGCAGUGAUCCAAAAGCAGAGGAAGCUUCUGUUAUGCUCUGCGUUCAGGCCGGUUCGUUGUUCAAUCCACCAGAGCUACCAGGACUCGCGCACUAUACCGAGCAUAUGCUAUUUAUGGGCAGUAAAAAGUAUCCGGGCGAAAACGACUGGGAUACUUUUAUUAGUAAGCAUGGAUCACUUCCAAACGCGCAAACGGAUGCAACGGCGACAUGCUACUUCUACGAGAUUGAUCCCAAUUAUCUUGACAAGUCACUCGAUAUUCUUUUGUCUGCUUUCACUGCUCCGUUAUGCAGAAAGUCACUUAUCGAAUUAGAGAUCAAUGCGGUCGAUAAUGAGUUCCGUGACAAGAUGAAUGAUGAUGAAACACGACAACAGCGGGUCGACGAGGUGACAGCCGAUCUUGCACAUCCGUACAGUCUAUUUAAAAUUGGCAACAUAGAAAGCCUUCAGAAGGCAGCUAAAAGACUCAACAUUGAUCUUCGUACAGCUGUAAUGAACUUCAUAAAGAAAUAUUACUCGUCGAAUCUAAUGAGCGCCCUCGUGUUCUCGAGUCACUCUCUGGCUCAGCUAGAGAAAUUGGCAGCCAAAGCAUUCUCGUCCCUGGUAAAUCGGCACACACCAUUGCCCAACUGGACAUCACCCUAUCUAGGUGAACAUCUAGGCGUAUUUAUUAAAAUCGUACCUGUCGACGACGAGACAAGGUUAAAACUAAUUUUUCCACUGCCGAACUUCGAUAAAUAUUACGAGAGUAGACCUGAACAAUACUUAGUCUCACUCUUAGGCCACGAGGGGGCUGGAAGUAUUUACUCGAAUCUACAGAAGAAGGGUCACGUAAUUCAACUGGAAGCCUCGACAAAUGACGAUAUGCCUGGUAAUAACUACAUAGAUAUAUCAUUAAAGCUACCGAACGAAGGAGUUGAUUACGUCGAUGACAUUAUUGGGUCAAUUUUUCAGUACGUAGCUAUGCUUAAGCAGAGCGGACCUAAAAAGUGGCUAUUCGACGAAAUAGCUACGAUAAGUACCAACAGUUUCCUAUACCCUCGAAAAGAUUUUACUGAAGAGGAGCAAAUUACACUAUGUAAAGACCUAAAUAACUUUCCUUGGCGGCAUGCACUGUCAGGAAGAUAUGUCUUUGAUACGUUCGACGCAGAUCUGAUCAGCCACUUCACCGACCUUAUCGACCCUUCGAGGAUGCGGGUAUUCAUACAGUCGAAGAGCUUUGAAAACAUAACCGACAAGCAGGAACAUUACUAUAAUGUCAGGUAUAAGGUCGAACGUAUUGGAGAUGAUAAAAUUCAACGAUGGAAGAAAGCAACACCGAGUCCCUACUUUACUUUACCAGAACGGAAUGAUCUCAUUCCGGACAACUUCAGUAUAGCUCUUAGUGAAGACCGUUAUAACUGCUUACCGGACCUUGUCGUCAACACAUCCUCGUUUCAUAUGUGGUUCAUGCAGGACAGAUCCCUGAAUAUGCCAUACGCAACGUUCCUCGUUAUAAUUCGUCAUCCUAAGCUUGUAUCAAGCGUCGAGAAUGUUGUGGCACUCGAAAUGAUGAUUCGACUGUUUAUGUACUCGAUUACUGAAUCGUUCUAUAACGCUCGUCUGGCUGGAUUCAGCAUCAAUAUAGGCCGCUCCAAUGAGGGCUUUUGCAUUUAUGUGGACGGCUAUAACCAGCACAUGCACAGUUUAAUUAAAAAAAUAAUGAAAAGCCUGAGUACCUAUCGAAUUGCCAAUUGGCAAACUGACUUUUUCAAGCUAAAAAAAGAGUACGAAGAGUACUUGCUAAUGACCAUUAAUGAACGACAGACGGGCAGGACAAGCAUCCAGGACCUUAUAAAUCCUUACCUACAAAGAAAUUAUUUCUCUCUUUCUCAGCUAUUGUCCAGCUUAGGCAAUUGUAGCGUGGAACGAACACAGGAAAUACUGGACACAUUAAGAAACGACUCUACAGUGGAAGCAUUCAUCCAUGGCAACAGUGUCUCCGCCGAAGCAAAAUCUGUUGCCGGGACGAUCGUGUCUACUUUCAAACGCGGUGUGUUGAGUUUCUUAGACACCCCAUCGUUACGUCAAGCUAAACUUCGUCGUGGCGUCGCUUAUCGUCAAUAUAAAGUGAACGCGCAGCUUUCAUCAAACCACCUGUAUAUGUUUUUCGAAGUGGAUCGAGCUGGGAACGCUGAGGAUCGUCUCGUAGCGCUUUGCGCUCUUUUUGCGAAGUUAAUUAAAGAGCCACUUUUCAAUGUGAUCCGCACUAAGGAACAGUUGGCUUACAUGGUGCAGGCCGUCGACAAGGCACAACAGGGUUCAUUCGGAGUAGCGUUCUACCUUGUGACGAGUUACAAGCUCAGCCAUGUAGAAGACCGGUUGGCGAAAUUUGUGCGAGAAUACUUCAAGGACUUUUUGACAAAACUCACUUACGAGGCCUUUGCAGAGCAAAAACGAACCGCCACGAAGCAGAAGUUAAAGAAACCUCAAAAAAUGGAAGACGUCACUGCACUAUUCUGGCAAGAGAUGGUGGACCAAAGUUACAUACUUCAGCGGACAUCGAAAGAAGGAGCAGCGAUGCGAUCGCUAACUAAAGAGGACAUCAUACAGUUCUACGAAAAGUUCCUUGUUCGGUUAGAAUCGACUACGGUUUAUGCGCUCUAUUUGAGCAAUAGCAUGGAUCAGAGCCGGGUCGAGUGGUCUGCCGCUAAUUACAACGUUACGUCGGUCGACUCCUUUCGCGCCGACCACGAAUACCACUCAUUUGAGAAGGAUCGUUCUAUAGCACGUAUGUCGCCGCCGUCUAUAUAGACACUUCGGUCAGUAAUCCAGUUCUUAAGUGAUUAAAUCGCCCUGAACUACUUCUGGAUUAUCGCGCAGCAGCAGAACCGCUGAAUCAAAUUUGCCGCCUUACCCAUACAACCAAAUAUGCUCAGACGAAACGAAGAGUCCAUCUAGAAGUGGCAACUGUUUCACCACCUAACAAUUCGACUUGGUAAUGGAAGUACUUCAAAUAAUCUGCCAAAAAAGGUGUUCAAGUUUUAAAAAACCGUCGGUAACAAAGAUGUUACGUCGGAUAAAGACAGAUUACAUUUAAAUUGUUAAGAAUAUCUAAUGAUUUAUAUUUAGCAAGAAUAAGUAGAGGAAAAAACAACUGCUUGUGAGAGGUCUUUUUCACUAAGAUCACAGUAUCAAGUCAGUGUAAUGCGUCUCAAGAAAUCAUAUGGCAAACCGUGGCUAUAUACUAAAUGCUUUCAAAUUAGCCGUGUAAUUUAAUGGAUAUCCCAAUGUAAAUUUUAUUAAAGUAGCACAAACCGACACCGAUACAGCUACGGUAUACUAAAACCAAAAAUAAUAGCAUUCGGAACCUAUUACCGUGUGUACUCCAAUCUGCGGUGUUUAUGUUUGACAGUUCUUUAUUAAAGAGUGGCAUGUCUAAUUAUAUAUUCGAUAUAGAGUAGUGUUAUAUGAGUUGAAAAGAACACUCAUGUAGGUAGUCUGCCACAGUGCCAAUGGCACGACUCGAGGUACUUGGAGCGGCCGUCAAUCAUUCGUGUGACGUGCCUUUCAUAUUCUUCGCCUCCAUGUUCAGAUAUUAAUUUUGUCAAAUACAAUGCAUAAACUUUGUGAGCUAAGUAAUUGCGUAGUUCGUUAUUUAUUAUCGUUGACUUACUCAAUGCCUUAGCAUUGUUCACGGCAUUUAAAAUUACAUCAUCUACAAGCGCUCGCUUAGCAAAGCGAAUGCAUGUUCUUCAUUCGCCUAAAUACCGUGAUAAAUUGCGGUCAGACUCCUACUACUCGAAUUACUAUUGCCGGUACAGAUAGGUGGCCGAACUCUUCUUUUCAUGAUCAUAGAUGUUGUCGAAUGGUACAUCAACAUGCUCUCGCCACGCUUUGCCCUUUUUAGCUAGAUUUUCACAACACGACUACUUAUCACGGUAGUACGAGAUAUCACUAGAUACAUAAGAAUCAGCAGCAACUUCGACCGGUCUAAAAAAUUCACAAGCGUACAAGCCGCUUACAAGUAACCAUUAAAAGCCAUACAAUUUCAGACCAACGUUUUGCUAAUUUGUCUUGUACCCAAAUACAGAAACAAUCGAUCUUAUGCAAGGAGUUUAUUACGAUAAAAAUGAACUACAUGAAAAAGAAUAGGAUUAGAGUCGGGCUUGUUUGUUAAGUUUUAUUUCUUUCUCCACAUGUUGUGCGUUGCAUCUAAUUUGCACUAGUAAAAGGGUGUUAAAUAUCGUGUCAGAGAGUCAUAAAAUAAAUGUAUCCUCAGAAAACUAGCAAAUUUCAUGCGCUUCAUAAACCAACAACACGAUUGUUGUCGUACGCUAAUGUACUAUUGUUGCAUAUAAGCCACUUAGAUUAAAGGACCUUUGGAUCGUUGAAGUAAAAAACGCAAACGACCCAAUGGGUCUAACUCGUUUUUGAAGUACACGGCUACUAACGUCAAGUAAAUCCUUAGACAACGUCACCACGUUAAAAAUUACGUUUUCAACUUAAAACCGACAUUUUCUUAAUCAUCCAUUUUUAUAGAUGUUUCAAUACAAAAAGCGAUAUCUUCUUAUUGCUUUUUCGAAGGCUCAUGACAUGUUCUGCUCCUUAUUAUUAAAAGUGAUCUAUUUAAUAGGGAUCUAUUCGAAAAUCCAAUAGUCAAUUCCCAAUUAUCGGUUUUUUUUUUGCAAAUAGAUGACUAAGUCGAAUCAUUUUGGUAAAUCGAACUGUAUUCGAAAACCGAAAGGAAACUAAAAGUAAGCAAUUCGAGGUCGAACAGUUCUGUAGACUAACAACUGGCACCCAGUGUAUUAAUAUAUCUUUUGACAAUACGAUAAAAAAAAGGCCCACAUGUGCACAUAUUUUUAAGCAGCGUCAUUUAUAUUUUUGAUAUCUAUUUAGUUCAGCUGCACAAGAGACAAUACUCUUCGAACCUGCAAAGGUCAUUUCGCGUAAUAUAAAUAUGCGGAUAUAAGCGCCCGACCUUCUGAGAUCUUUUUAGAACUGAGCAGCAUCGAGGCCGAUCUGUCAGAACGGUAAAUGGUUGCGUCUUCCUAGAUUCGCAAGGAUACGCAUGUGCACUAUCGCCACACUCGGUUGAAUAUUAAAAAUGAUAUCUUUCAAACAAAAUAUAUAAGUCCAUUACUAAUGGAGUAGGAAACAAGCAAUCU